GGCUUGUGACAUUGGGGAGCCGCCAUGCUGGCGUCGCUGGGGCGUUCGGCGGGACGGCUGCUGCGGGCCGGCGGCGGCGCGGCCGGGAGGCGGCACGCGGGCGGCGACGUGCACAUCGAGCCGCGAUACCGGCAGUUCCCGGAGCUGACGCGGUUGCAGGUGGUGCGGAGCGAGCUGCUGAGCGGCUUCAUGUGGUUCUGGAUCCUGUGGCACUUCUGGCACAGCUCGGACAGCGUGCUGGGCCAUUUCCCGUACCCCGACUCCUCGGCCUGGACGAAUGAGGAGCUCGGCAUCCCGCCCGACGACGCCGAGUAGGCACCGCAGUCGCAGAGGUGAAGGUCUGUGGAACUGAGGAGGCCCUGGAAUUGAUGCUUUGCUCUGCUGUCCCGGUCUCAAUAAAGUGAGCUGUUGACAAA